AUGGCGCAUAAUGACACGAUAGACAUCAUCUCCUCGUCGCCCGAGUUCCCAGACAUCGGCGCUCUAGUCGCAAAGGCACCACCCAAGACACCAGCGCUGCGAACCGGCAGUAAUGCCGCACCCAUUCCUAGCGAUGCAGUCGGACUCGGAAACUUCACAAGUGCUGCUAGCAUCUGGCGCUUGUCGCAGGUCGUGGAGGAAGAAAAGCCUGCACAAAAGUCGCCACCUCAGCCAACAAAGGAGACUCGGACGAUAGCAACAUCGGUGUCGACAGUCGCGGUUGAAGUGUCAACAACAACGACCGCCGUGUCUGAGAACAAGCCAGGAAAGAAACCCAGGAAGCCGAGGAAAAAGAAGGACGAGACAACAGCCACCGACGAGAAUGCACCACCUAAACCACCAGCAAGAAGGGGGAGGCCACCCAAGCAAAAGGACGCCGAUGGACAGACUGCCUUGCCCGAGUCCAAGGUCACGAAACCAGCGGCAAAACCACGGGCUUCGAGGAAGAAAGCUGAGACAGCGAGCAGGCAUUUUGCCGGUUCUGAUCAUGCUUCUACGGCCGAUGCUCCUGUCCCAGAGGAGCCCUCGAAAGCUCCCGCUGCGCCGAAGCCUCCCAAACCUGUCCCCGUACGGAUCGACGAUGAGCCAGUAGACCUAGAACCGGCAGUAAGAAGAAGACUGGAUUGGACGCCACCGCCAGAUGACAGACCACCGCCAGAUGACAGACCACCAGCAGCUGCCGGCAACUCGUCUACUGUCAAGGAGCUACCGUCCUCUACGACUGCCCAUAUCGAACCACCAGUGGCUUUUGGAAAGCUCUUGGAUACGUACGGCUGUAAACCAGAGAAUGAUCAGCCGAGUGAAGUCACUAAAGUUGAUGUACUCGGGAAGAGGAAACUGAUCGAGAUGGUCGCUACCACUACGACUACGACUACUACAACAGACAAACCCACAAGUCCAGAGACGUCCCCAACCAAGCCCAAAGCCCCCAAGAAGAAGCCACGCACAAUCACCGACCUAGCAACGGCCGCCUACCGAAUACAAGACCCAGUCGACGAUUCCACAUCUACUUUGACAUCGAAACAAGACACUCUCCUAGGCUACAUUGACGUCGAGGACGACAAGGCUGCUACCAAACCAAGUGGCGCCAAAACAAAGGCCGCCUCCAAAAAACCAGCAAAGCCCCGGGUCUCCAAGAAGAAGCCCGAGCCUCGCAGACAGCUGUUGCUCUCUCCCAAGAGCGCACUCAGGCAGGUCUCUGGUCAGGAUUUCGUCUUUGGCACUUCAAGCCAGCUAGUGACGGAAGACACUGACCUCCUUCGUGCUUUGCACGAGUCGAUGAAGACGGCGGGCAACGCGCCGAAUAGCGAUCCAAUUACGUCGAGCCCGGUCAAGUUCAGCAGUCUUGCGAGCAGGCGCAAGAUGGGGAACAACAAGCUUUGGAAGGUUGGGGCUAGGGACGAGGAUGGUGACCUGUUGGAUUUGGAGGUCUUUGACUUGACUGAAGCUGUGGAGGUGCCAGAAGAUCUGUUACAGCAAGCUCACAGACCGUCUGUUGGUGUGCGCGAAGAUGCGAAGCCUGGAGAACGAGUCGAGAGCAAGGCGGAAACAGCAAUCGAAAUAUUCCCAUCCGAUCCUGUCGUCCCCGAGCGGCCCACGGUUACGAGACCCGAGACUCAGAUCAGUACUCUCUCAACAAAGGGAAAAGAAUCAGUUCUCCAUACUACGAAGCCUCCACCGCAAAAUCCCGUUGCCCCUCCGCGAGCGAGGACACAUCAAAGAGUACGUUCGCCUUCCCGAGAGAGUUCUUCUUCUCGACUAUGGAGUCCUCGAACAAAAACACCUCCAAGACCGACCACACCUCCACGAGCAAGCGCUGUGCUCGACUUCGAUUUCGACUUUGACGACUACGAACCACCACCAAGUAACCAAGAACACUACCAGCUCCUUGAGCAGUCCCAGAAGAGCCCUUCCAAGACACAGCAGCAGAGACAGCAGAAAACCCAACAGCCGCAGAAAAGGAUGGACCCUCCGCCCCGCCCUAAAUACGAGCUCUUUACUGACGCCCAACUGAGCCGAGAGAUCGCUUCUUUUGGAUUCAAGCCGAUCAAGAAACGUGCGGCUAUGAUUACUCUCCUCGAACAAUGUUGGGAAAGUAAGACGGGGGCAGCUACCGGCACAAGCACAGGCUUAGGUAACGAUAAGUUGCAGGAAGGGACGAGGAGUUUGGAGUCCGGUCACCGAUCGGUGGAUCCUAUUGCAGUAUCUCCGAACCGUGGGAGGGGCCAAACUAUGAAAGACGCAGCCAUGCAUGAAGCAGAAGCAGGAAUAAAAAUUGUUGCGCCGGCGCCGAAAAGACCAAGGGGACGGCCGAAGAAGAAAGAGGCUGCGAUUGCGUCUCCUCCGCGCACCACCUCGGACAAACCACCAAAAGCAGCAGCUGCAGGAGCAGCACACCGGACAGCAGCAGCAUCAAAACCAGCAACUGCACCAUUACCCGUGCUCUCCGCAUCAACCCCCAAGCGCCAACGCCGCACCUCGUUAUCUCCGAUUCGCACCCGCCCAAUCAUCCUCGAAAUCCCCGACUCCGAUAUCGACGAUUCCGAUUCCGAUCCGUUCGCCUCCUCCCCACCCGCCUCCUCACCCGAUGCCUCCCCCUCCGCAUCCCAACUUUUCUCCACCCCCGAAAAACACCAAGAUCACGAACACGAUCCGGCAGAAAUGUCCCUCUUAACAGAGUGCGAGGAGUCGCUUUUGGACAUCACCUCCACACCCUCCGAGGAUGAUCUCUUCAAACACAUAACCGAAGCCAUCACCACCGCUCCCCGCACCACCAACCCUUCCGAGCCCUCCUGGCAUGAGAAGAUUCUCAUGUACGAUCCCAUUAUUUUGGAAGACCUGACGGGGUGGUUAAACACGGCCGGAAAGGGAUUGGAUAGAGUCGGGUGGGAAGGCGAGGCGGGCACGGAGGAGGUGUUUGUUGGAGAAAUGGGAAAUGACUGA